UCCAGUCCUACUGAAUGUACCUAACCAUACUAGUCCUAUUGAUUGUAGAAUAAACUUCUAAAAACAGAGAAGAAGAAGAGACUAAGAGCUACCCUCAUGGUUAAAAUGGGUUCUGAGGAUGAAAGAAAAUCUUAUACAAAUGGAAUAGAUUGUGACACUACUUUCUCAUAUCAGGAUUAUAAAUUCAAAAGCAAAAGCAAUGAGAACAAGAAGAAAUCAGAGAACCUGAAUAUGGUCAGCCCAUUAACAAUGUUCCGGUAUGCUGACUGGUUGGAUAAAUUACUGAUGGUUCUAGGCACUACUAUGGCAAUCCUUCAUGGAGCAGGACUCCCACUGAUGAUGAUAGUUUUUGGAGAUAUGACAGAUAGCUUUGUUACUUCAGAAAACAUAUCUUAUCCAGGAAAUUUUUCCUUGGGAAAUUUUUCUUCAGGAAUUUUUUCUUUAGGAAAUUUUUCUUUCAAUCUAAUUGGGAGGCUGGAGGAAGAAAUGACCAGAUAUGCAUACUAUUAUUCUGAAAUAGGAGCUGGUGUUCUCUUUGCUGCCUACAUGCAAGUUGCAUUUUGGACAGUGGCAGCUGGCCGGCAAAUCAAGAAAAUCAGACAGCAGUUUUUUCAUGCAAUAAUGCGACAGGAAAUUGGAUGGUUUGAUGUAAAUGAUGUGGGUGAACUCAACACUCGACUUAUAGAUGACGUCUCCAAGAUCAAUGAGGGAAUAGGAGACAAAAUUGGAAUGUUUUUUCAAGCAAUAUCUACAUUUCUCACAGGAUUUAUAGUUGGUUUCACAAAAGGGUGGAAAUUAACACUUGUGAUACUGGCACUCAGUCCUGUUCUUGGAUUCUCAUCUGCUCUCUGGGCAAAGAUACUCUCUGCAUUCACAGACAAAGAACUAGCUGCAUAUGCAAAAGCGGGAGCUGUUGCUGAGGAAGUUCUGGCAGCAGUUAGGACUGUGAUAGCUUUUGGAGGACAGAAAAAAGAAAUUGAAAGAUAUCAUAAAAAUUUAGAAGAUGCUAAACAUAUUGGAAUCAAGAAGGCUGUUACAGCCAACAUUUCUAUGGGUAUUGUUUUCUUAUUGAUAUAUUCAUCAUAUGCAUUGGCUGUCUGGUAUGGGACCACUUUGAUACUAUCUGAUGAUUAUACCAUUGGAAAAGUCUUUACAGUCUUUUUUUCUAUAUUAGUUGGAGCUUUUAGUGUUGGACAAACUGCACCAAGCAUGGAGGCGUUUGCUAAUGCAAGAGGAGCUGCCUAUGCAGUCUUUAAUAUCAUAGACAAUGAACCUCAAAUUGACAGUUUUUCAGAGUCUGGCUAUAAACCCCACCACAUUAGAGGGAAUUUGGAAUUCUGCAAUGUCUACUUCAAUUAUCCCGCUAGGCCAGAUGUUAAGGUACUGAAAGGCUUGAAUCUGAAGGUUAACUGUGACCAGACAGUAGCCCUGGUUGGUGGUAGUGGCUGUGGGAAAAGUACAACUGUUCAACUGAUACAGAGAUUUUAUGACCCUGUGGAGGGCACGAUUACCCUUGAUGGGCAAGAUAUUAGGAACCUAAAUGUAAGAUAUCUGAGGGAGAUUAUAGGUGUAGUGAAUCAGGAGCCUAUACUAUUUGCUACUACUAUUGCAGAAAAUAUCCGUUAUGGCUGUGAAGAUGUCAACAUGGAAGAGAUUGAGAAAGCUGCUAAGGACGCCAAUGCUUAUGACUUUAUCAUGAAGCUACCUGAUAAGUUUGAAACCAUGGUUGGGGAAAGAGGAGCACAACUAAGUGGGGGUCAGAAACAGAGAAUAGCAAUUGCACGAGCUCUGGUUCGCAAUCCCAAGAUUCUUCUGCUUGAUGAGGCAACAUCAGCUUUGGAUACUCAAAGUGAAUCAGUUGUGCAAGCAGCACUGGACAAGGCACAAAAAGGCCGCACCACUAUUGUAAUAGCUCAUCGUUUGUCUACAGUCCAAAAUGCAGACCUUAUAGCUGCAUUUGAAGAUGGAGUUGUCACAGAACAAGGGUCCCACAAUGAAUUAAUGGAAAGAAAUGGAGUUUAUUGCAAGCUUGUUAACAUGCAGACAGUAGAAACUGAAGUUCAAUCAGAUGAAGAAGAAGAUAUAUUAAGCGUCAAAAAAAAUUUCAAAGAAAUGAUGCUGAAGGAAUCGCUAUCAAAUGGUUUGAUACGGCGAUCAACUCGGAAGAGCAUCAAAAAAACAAGAGUACAAAACAAUGGUUUUGAUGUGAAAGCUGUUCAGCCUGAGGAAGAUAUACCUCCAGUUUCAUUUCUGAAAAUUAUGAAGCUAAACAAAACUGAAUGGCCUUACUUUGUCGUUGGGACUUUGUGUGCAAUUAUCAAUGGAGCUUUACAACCUGCGUUUUCAAUCAUAUUUUCAGAAAUUAUAGAGGCUUAUGUAGAAAAAGAUGAAACUAUCGUUAGAAAUACCACCGACAUGUAUGCAUUGGUAUUUUUAGGAUUCGGAAUCACUUCUUUUUUUACAUUUUUCCUUCAGGGUUUCACAUUUGGCAAAGCUGGAGAGAUCCUUACAAUGAGGCUUCGAUUCAUGGCCUUUAAAGCGAUGCUUAGACAGGACAUCAGCUGGUUUGAUGAUCCUAAAAACAGUACUGGGGCAUUAACAACAAGACUUGCUAAUGAUGCUUCCCAAGUGAAAGGCGCUACAGGCACCAGACUGGCUUUAAUUGCCCAAAACAUAGCUAACCUUGGGACUGGAGUUGUUAUAUCACUGGUGUAUGGCUGGCAGCUGACCCUUUUGCUUUUAGCCAUUGUGCCAAUUAUUGCCAUCUCAGGAAUGAUUGAAAUGAAAAUGUUGUCUGGACAUGCAGAGAAGGAUAAGAAAGAACUGGAAAUUGCAGGAAAGAUUGCUUCUGAAGCCAUAGAAAAUAUUCGAACUGUUGUAGCUUUGACUCAGGAAAGAAAAUUUGAGUCUAUGUAUGGACAAAAUUUGCAACUACCAUACAGAAAUUCUGUGAAGAAGGCACAUAUCUUUGGAAUUACUUUUGCCCUUUCCCAAGCAAUUAUGUACUUUGUCUAUGCUGGUUGUUUUCGAUUUGGUGCCUAUCUAGUGAGAAAUGGACACAUGCAGUUUAAAGAUGUAAUUUUGGUUUUUUCAGCUAUUGUAUUUGGUGCAAUGGCACUAGGACAGAGCAGUUCAUUUACUCCAGACUAUGCCAAAGCCAGGAUGUCAGCAGCUCAUAUGUUCAUGCUGUUUGAAAGGGUACCCUUAAUAGACAGUUACAGUGAGGAAGGACUGAAGCCUGAAAUAUUUGGUGGCAACAUAAUGUUCAAAGAGGUGAUGUUUAAGUACCCAACUCGACCAGAGGUCAAAGUGCUUCAAGGUUUGAAUAUUAAGGUAGAAAAAGGACAAACCUUGGCUCUUGUGGGCAGCAGUGGCUGUGGGAAAAGCACUGUUGUUCAAUUGCUUGAGAGAUUCUAUGAUCCCCUUGAUGGAGAAAUGUUGCUGGAUGGCCAAAGUGCAAAAGCAUUAAAUAUCCAAUGGCUUCGAGCUCAGAUUGGUAUUGUUUCACAAGAACCAAUUCUGUUUGACUGCACAAUUGCUGAGAACAUUGCAUAUGGAGAUAACAGCAGAGAGGUGUCACAUGAAGAGAUUGUCAGUGCAGCAAAAGCAGCCAACAUCCAUUCCUUCAUUGACUCUCUACCAAAUAAAUAUAAUACCCAUGUGGGAGACAAAGGAACUCAGCUCUCUGGUGGUCAGAAGCAGAGGAUUGCUAUAGCUCGAGCUCUUGUACGUCAUCCUCAAGUUCUAUUGCUGGAUGAAGCGACAUCAGCACUUGAUACAGAAAGUGAAAAGGUUGUUCAAGAAGCAUUGGAUAAAGCCGGACAAGGUCGCACCUGCAUAGUAAUAGCUCACCGCCUGUCCACCAUCCAGAAUGCUGACAAGAUAGCAGUGCUCCAGAAUGGAAGGAUUAUAGAACAAGGAACUCAUCAGCAACUCUUGGCUGAAAAGGGCAUCUAUUAUUCACUUGUCAAUGUUCAAGCUGGGUUGUGCAAUAUGUAAAUUAAAGACAGUUCCGUAUUUCUGAAGUAGGAUUGUGCUUCUCUUUCAGUAUUGUAAAAGGGCAGCAUUACUGAACAGGCUUAGUACCUUUGUUUUCAGGAAAGGUCUGUAAACAGAACAGGCCCCUUAAUUUACUGUGAAUCAUUUUAUUAACAUCACAUCUUGUUGGCUCAUGUCCACACCACAAACUUACCAGAUCAGGCAGCAGCUCAAAUAUAUCAUUUCACUCCAUACUAAGAAACUGUGUAGACAUAAUUUGCAUGAUGCUGCUGGUGGCUUAAUUAGCAGCAAUGCUAAAUAGUUUCAGACUUCAUGAAAAGCCGCACAAUGAUGCAUUCACUAGCACAGCUGCACUUGAGUAGAGCUCCAGGCUUGUUCUCUUUUAAAUAGAUUUAAGAAUUGUUAUGGAUCCAGAUGCAGUCUAGGAUUUGAGAGAUGUGGGUUCUAUUUCUAGCUGUCACUGACACCCUCUUGAUGUGUGAACAUCAGUCUACUGGGAGUGAAUUCAGCCAAUCUGGGUAGUGAGUGAUCUGAGUUUCUCUGUGCUGAUGCUGUGUUAUGACACCAGUAGAUCCCCACGGACUGCCAUAUUAACCAUGGGACCCUAUUCACCAGCUCUUCCAAACCUCCCAGUUGCUUACACAUGUUUUCCAGAGUUCACCUGUCUGUGGGACCUGUUUUUUCCUAAUUAAAUCCUUCAGAAACAGUAAACCAGAAACAGUAAAGCAAGGAACAAAGGCUUAGUAAAAAAAGAUUACUAUGUGUUUAUUUUAGAACAUUUAAAAAUUGCCCUUAAACAGUAAGUUUGUCUCAACUUUUAACUGAAGUGUUAGGUCAGGACUACACCAAUCCUAUGCAAGCCAGGAAAGAGUUAAUAAGCUGUGAGGAGAGGGGAGGAAGAGGGCGUUAAUCAUGUGCUGCUUAAGGCUGGUGUCAAGCUUUAAGGGAGAAGGUAAAUGGGUGGACCUAGCUCUGUUGAUGUUUAGAUCCGUAUGGAGAGCUGUGCCUAUGUGGUUUACCAUGCACGUGGUCUUAUUUCACUUCUUUCUAUAGCGUCAUGCUAAAACUUCCUACCUGCUCUAUCCCAGGGCUAGCAUAGGCUACAUGACCAACUCUGGACGUGUCUACACGUGAUGCUAUGUUGCCAUAACACACUAUGGAAACAGAGCAUCCACAGGCAUCUACACGUGAUC